GCCCCCUUCCAUUUCAAAUUUAAAUUCAAAUCCCCCUCUCCAUACAAAAACAAAAACAUUCAAAAACCUUAGCUCCUUGUUCCACAUUCAAAUUUUUCUAUUCUCCUUCCCUCUCUCUCUCUCUCUCAAAACCCUAGCAAAUCUCCUUCUCUUUUCAAAUCAAUCACAGACAUGACAACUGUCCUCCCGCCGCCGGGAUCCGGCCGCGAGCUCUCUAGUCCACCGUCCGACGGAAUAUCGAACCUACGUUUCUCCAAUCACAGCGAUCAUCUCCUUGUCUCAUCCUGGGAUAAGAGUGUGAGAUUGUACGAUGCAAGUGCUAAUGCGUUGCGAGGAGAGUUUAUGCACGGCGGGCCAGUGCUUGAUUGCUGCUUCCACGACGACUCCUCUGGCUUCAGUGCUAGCGCUGAUAAUACUGUGCGACGGCUGGUUUUUAACUAUGGAAAAGAGGAUAUCUUGGGAAGGCACGACGCUCCUGUCCGUUGUAUUGAGUACUCUUAUGCAGCAGGGCAAGUCAUCACUGGUAGCUGGGACAAAACACUGAAAUGUUGGGAUCCCAGAGGAGCAAGUGGACAAGAACGCACUCUUGUAGGCACAUAUCCUCAACCUGAGCGCGUUUACUCAUUAUCUCUUGUUGGAAAUCGUUUAGUAGUAGCAACUGCAGGAAGACAUGUAAAUAUCUAUGAUUUGAGAAAUAUGUCUCAACCUGAGCAACGAAGAGAAUCUUCACUGAAAUAUCAAACUCGAUGCGUGCGCUGUUAUCCCAAUGGAACAGGAUAUGCUCUUAGUUCAGUUGAAGGAAGGGUUGCAAUGGAGUUUUUUGAUCUUUCAGAGGCUAGCCAAGCAAAAAAAUAUGCAUUCAAGUGUCAUCGAAAGUCAGAAGCUGGAAGGGACAUUGUUUAUCCUGUCAAUGCUAUUGCGUUUCAUCCUGUCUAUGGUACAUUUGCAACUGGAGGCUGUGAUGGAUUUGUUAAUGUAUGGGAUGGGAACAAUAAAAAGAGGCUUUAUCAGUAUUCGAAGUACCCAUCAAGCAUUGCAGCACUUUCAUUUAGCAGAGAUGGUCGUCUGUUGGCUGUAGCAUCAAGCUACACGUUUGAAGAGGGAGAGAAAGUCCAUGAACCAGAUGCAAUCUUUGUGCGCAGCGUAAAUGAAAUAGAAGUCAAGCCAAAACCGAAGGUGUUCCCAAAUCCUCCAGCAUAAUUACAAAAGCCUCUAUUCCAUGCUCUUUAUACGUAGUAAUUUUGUGCACAGGCUACAUUUCUCUCAAAUGAAGCUGUCUGAACUUGAUGUUAAAACUGAUUUUGAAUUAAGCUAGAAUUCUUCUCUUUAUUUUUGAUUUCCUUUUUAGCCCAAGCAAUUACUGUAGGUUUAUGCCAAAAGUUCUAUAACUAUGUUGAAUUCUGUAAAUACUUUACCUCUAUUUCUUCAUAUAUGUAGAUGUUUGUGAGCAUACGCUGACAAUUUUAUCA